GCAAACAUCUUGUUUGACUGGGUAAUAAACAUAAAAGUGAAAGUAGAAACUUGGGACUGGAAGCCAUUUGCAGAUGAAGUUCAGAGGGGAUAAAAAAACACAGUGGAAUGCAACUUUAUCACCUUGCAAACAUCUUGUUUGACUGGGUAAUAAACAUAAAAGUGAAAGUAGAAACUUGGGACUGGAAGCCAUUUGCAGAUGAAGUUCAGAGGGGAUAAAAAAAUAAGAAUGCAGCCCGGGUGGGGUUUGGUGAAAUGACCCUGGGUCCAAACCGUGAUUCAGGUUAUGGUUCAAAUUGCAAUGGUCAAGUUCCGAAGAUCCAGUCAAAGUCCAAUGAUCGUGAUCCGACGGAGUGUGGUCGUGGUUCAGGAAGCCAGCACUUGUGAGAAGGAGGCCUUGUGCUUCUAAAACGAGUCAGAAAUGAGUCUGUCUGAAGAGAAAAAGAUCCAUGACAGGGUUACAAACCCUGAGAGUAAAAGGGUCCAGCAGGAGAGGUCUGAAUCACAUGCUCCCAGCUGUGUGUCCAUGAAAAGUGACUGGUCCUUGAAUACUCCCCUGGAAUUCCAGAAAGAGGGCAUUCCUACUGAUAAAAGAGACCAACAGAAGUUUGGUUUGAACUCCAGCUGUCAGAAUGCUUCUGGACAACAAAUAGAUUUAUCAUCUUUAUUCAAGCCUCUUGAGAAAAGGGCAGUGAAGUUCCUAAAGGACCAGCUGAAGAAGAUCAAGAUGCACCUGGAGGGCAGCACUGCGAUGUACAUGGAUGAUCAGACCCCUGAGAAGUGUGGCAGAGACGGGGCUCUGAAGAUCACAAUGCACAUCCUGAGAACCAUGAACCAGGAAGAACUUGCUGAGAGGCUGGAAAAGAGUGAGCUCCUGAUUGAAUGUCAUCAUAAACACAAGUCCACUCUGAAGAACAAGUUGAAAUGUCUUUUCGAAGGGAAGGCGAUGCAAGGAAAUCACACUCUUCUCAGCAAGAUUUAUACAGAGCUCUACAUAACUGAAGGUAGAACCGGAGGGAUCAGUGAGGAACACGAGGUUAGACAGAUUGAAAUAGUUUCUAAGGGACAAACAUCACAAGAGACUGCAAUCAACUGCAAUGACAUCUUUCAACCCUUACUGGGACAGGAGACGCAUAUCAGAACUGUGCUGACAAAGGGGGUUGCUGGCAUUGGAAAAACAGUCUCUGUUCAGAAGUUUAUUCUCGACUGGGCUGAAGGAAAAGCAAAUCAGGACAUUCUUUUGAUAUUUGCUCUUCCUUUCCGGGACCUCAAUUUAUUGAAGUCUGAAAAAUACAGUCUAACGCAACUACUUCAACACUUUCUCCCAGAGUUCAAAAUAAUCGGGUCUGUUGAACCUUAUGCUAACAAAGUCUUGUUCAUUUUAGAUGGCAUGGACGAGUGUCGCCUUCCUCUAGAUUUCAAGAAAAAUGAGAGUUGCUUUGAUAUAACUACAGCAACAUCACUGGAUGUGUUGUUGACCAACCUCAUUAAGGGUAAUCUGCUUCCUUCUGCUCGGAUUUGGAUCACUUCCCGACCAGCAGCUGCCAGUCAGAUACCUUCUGAGUAUGUUCAUCGGGUGACAGACAUACAAGGAUUCAAUGAUUCACAGAAGGAAAUAUAUUUCAGAAAGAGAUUCAGUGACCAGGACUUAGCAAACAGGAUUAUUGCCCAUAUGAAGUCAUCAAAGACCCUUUACAUCAUGUGUCACAUUCCAGUUUUCUGUUGGAUUUCAGCCACUGUUUUUGAGCACCUGAUGAGGGAAGCUGACAGAACAAAAUUCCCCAAGACUUUGACUCAGAUGUACACACACUUCCUGAUAUUUCAGAUGAGGAUAAAGAAUGAGAAGUACGGCAGAAAAGAAGUGACAGAUCAUUGGCAGUCUGAACAGAAAUUUAUUAUGAAACUGGGGAAACUGGCAUUCCACAACCUCCAGAAGGGCAAUCUCUUAUUUUAUGAGGAAGAUCUGAGGGAUUUUGGCAUUGAUGUCAGUGAAGCAUUAGUGUACUCUGGCGUGUGUACAGAAAUCUUGACAGAGGACACUGGAUUGUAUGAGGGCAAGGUGUACUGCUUUGUGCACCUGAGUGUUCAGGAGUAUCUUGCGGCUUUGUACACCUAUCUGUCACACUCAGACUUACCAUUCAAUGUACUGUACUGGUUCCCUAAAGAAAGUACAUCUCUCAAAACGUUAAAGAAUGCAGCAGAUCAGGCCCUACAGAGUACAAAUGGCAACUUUGACUUCAACCUCUGCUUUCUUCUUGGCCUAUUGGUUAAUACAUCAGUCAACAAAUUUAAGAGGUUUCUUAGAGAAAACACUGCUCAUAAUUUAAUAACAAGCACAGUGGAUCAGGCUUUGCAGAGUAAGAAUGGACAUUUGGAUCUUUACCUUCGCUUCCUUCUUGGCCUUUCACUGGAUUCCAGUCAGUCUCUUCUACAAGGCCUUUUGACACAGACAGCACAAAAGUCAUUUGAUUCUGAGAAAAUAAUUGAGUACAUUAAGCAGAAAAUCAGGGAGAAUAUCUCUCCAGAGAGAACCAUCAAUCUUUUCCACUGUCUGAGUGAACUGAAUGACAAUUCUUUAGUGAAGGAAGUUCAAAGUUACCUGAAGUCUCAAAGUGUCUUGGAGAAAUUAUCACCUGCGCAGUGGUCAGCUCUGGCCUUUGUGCUACUGACAUCUGAAGAAGAUCUGGAUGUGUUUGACUUGAAGAAAUACAGUAGAUCAGACAAAGUUCUUCUGAGGCUGCUGCCUGUGGUCAAGGCAUCCAGAACUGCUCUAUUGAGCAGCUGUAAACUCACCAUGAGAUGCUGUGAGGCACUGGCUUCAGUUAUCAGCUCAAAGUCCUGCUGCCUGAAGGAGUUGGAUCUGAAUGACAAUGACCUGCAGGAUUCAGGAGUCGUGUCGCUGUUAACUGGACUGGCGAAUCCAUACUGCAAACUGAAAAUACUGCGGCUGAAGAGCUGUAACCUCACUGCAAAAUGCUGUGAACAGUUGGCAUCAGCCAUCAAAUCAAAUACCAGUUUGAUAGAGCUGGACCUGAGUGACAAUGACCUGCAGGACUCAGGAGUGAAUUACAUUUCUUCAGCAGUAGUCAGUGUCUACUCUAAACUGGAGACACUGAGGCUAUCCAGUUGUGGAGUCACAUAUGAAGGCUGUGAUUCUUUGGCUGCAGCUCUAUGUUCCUCAAACCUGAGAGAGCUGGAUCUGAGCACCAAUCACCUAGGAGAUCCAGGAGUGCUAUCACUGUCUGCCAAACUUGUGGACUCAACGUGUAAGCUGGAAAAACUCAGGCUGAACAGUUCUAACCUCACUGGGAAAUGCUGUGAACAGUUGGCUUCAACUAUCAGUUCGAAUAGCAGUUUGAUGGAAGUGGACUUGAGUGACAAUGACCUGCAGGACUCAGGAGUGAAGCUGCUCUCUUCAGCAGUGGUCAGUGUCCACUCUAAACUGGAGACAAUGAGGUUGUCAUGCUGCGGAGUCACAGAGGAAGGCUGUUUUUCUCUGGCUUCAGCUCUGCGUUCGAACCCGUCCCACCUGAGAGAGCUGGAUAUGAGUGGAAAUCACAUAGUGGACUCAGGAGUGAUAUCACUGUGUGUCCUGUUGGUGGACUCCAGUUGUAAACUGGAAAAACUCAGACUUUUUGAUGGCCAAGAAUUAAAGAGAGAUCCUACGACUCUGGCUUCAGUGUUGUGUUCAAAGUUGUCUGAGCUGAGCGAGCUGGACCUGAGCAACAGUCACAUCGGGGACUCGGGAGUGGACCUGCUGUGUGCUGUCCUGGAAGAUCCUCACUGUACACCAGAGACACUGAGGCUUAAAGGGUGUAAACUCAGUGCAAAAUGCUGUGAAGGGCUGGCUUCAGCCCUCCUGUCCAACUGCGACACCCUGAGAGAGCUCGACAUGAGUGACAACGAUCUGCAGGACUCAGGAGUGAAACUGCUCUGUGCUGCACUGGGGAGUCCACAGAGCAAACUUGUAACAAUCAUGUUGUCAAACUGUGGAGUCACAGAGGAAGGAUAUUCUGCUCUGGCUUCUGUUCUGGGUUCAAAUUCCUCACAUCUGAGAGAGCUGGACAUGAGUAGAAACAACCCAAAGGACUCAGGAUUGCAGCAACUUUGUGCUGUGCUUCAGACUCCCAACUGUAAACUAAAAAAUUUAAACCUAUCAGACUGUGGAAUCACAGAAGAAGGCUGUUUUUCUCUGGCUUCAGCUCUGCGUUCGAACCCGUCCCACCUGAGAGAGCUGGAUAUGAGUGGAAAUCACAUAGUGGACUCAGGAGUGAUAUCACUGUGUGUCCUGUUGGUGGACUCCAGUUGUAAACUGGAAAAACUCAGACUUUUUGAUGGCCAAGAAUUAAAGAGAGAUCCUACGACUCUGGCUUCAGUGUUGUGUUCAAAGUUAUCUGAGCUGAGCGAGCUGGACCUGAGCAACAGUCACAUCGGGAACUCGGGAGUGGACCUGCUGUGUGCUGUACUGGAAGAUCCUCACUGUAAACCAGAAACACUGAGGCUUAAAGGAUGUAAGCUCAGUGCAAAAUGCUGUGAAAAGUUGGCUUCAACCCUCCUCUCCAACUGUGACACCCUGAGAGAACUGGACAUGAGUGACAAUGAGCUGCAGGACUCAGGAGUGAAGCUGCUCUGUGCUGCUCUGGAGAAUCCACAGUGCAAACUUGCAACACUAAUGCUGAGAGAGUGUGGAAUCACAGAGGAAGGGUUUUCUUCUCUGGCUUCAGCUCUACAUUCAAACCCCUUUUACUUGAGAGAACUAGAUAUGAGCAGCAAUCGUCCAGGGGAUUCAGGAGUGAAACGGCUGUCUGACAUACUGCUGGAUCCAAAAUGUCAGCUGGAGAAAGUACAGUUGUCAAGCUGUGGAGUCACUAAAAACGGCAGUUCCUCUCUGACUUCAGCUCUGUGUUCGAACCCAUCACACCUGAGAGAGCUGGACCUGAGCAAUAAUCACCUGGGGAACUCGGAAGUGAUAUUACUGUGUGCCCUGUUGGUGGACUCACACUGUAAAUUGGAAACACUCAGGAUUUUCCAAGGUCAAGACUUUAAGAAAAAUUGUUCAGAUGUGGCUUCAGCUUUGUGUUCAAACUUGUCUGACCUGAGAGAGCUGGACCUGAGCAACAAUCACAUACAGGCAUCAAGAAUGAAACUUCUGUGUGCUGUACUGGAGGAUCAUCACUGUAAACUGGAGAUACUGAGGUUGUCAGGGUGUGAAAUCAGAGAGGAAGGCUGUUCUUCUCUGGCUUCAGCUUUGUGUUCGAAUCCCUCACACCUGAGAGAGCUGGAUCUGAACUACAAUGACCCAGGAGAUUCAGGAGUGAAACUGCUGUCUGCUCUACUGGAGGAUCCACGCUGUAAAUUGGAGAAGCUACAGUUGUCAGGGUGUGAAAUCAGAGAGGAAGGCUGUUCUUCUCUGGCUUCAGCUUUGUGUUCGAAUCCCUCACACCUGAGAGAGCUGGAUCUGAACUACAAUGACCCAGGAGAUUCAGGAGUGAAACUGCUGUCUGCUCUACUGAAGGAUCCACGCUGUAAAUUGGAGAUACUACGGAUAAGACGGACUCUAGGAUGAAGGUCUCUCUUCUCUCUCCUCGACUCUAUGUUCAAACCCCUCACACCUGACACGUCUGCAUCUUAAAAAUCAUCAGAAAAAGGAGUCAACAUUUGAGCUGCUCUCUGCUCUACAGAAAGAUCUGGGACACACUCAGAACAUAGAAUAAUAUUCAUUCU